AUGGCCGCCAACACUUCGACAACGCCUCAUGUGUCUGAGGAGAACCAUGUUGCCGGCGAAAACGACAUCGAAAAAAGCACUGCCCAGAACUCGGUUGAUAUCCAUGCCGAGCCUAUGAAGCUUGACUAUGAGGAGGGUCCCGAGCACAAGCAAGAUGGUGUCAAGAAGGUGGAGGCCAUCACCUCGGUGUGGUCUUGGAAGAUGCUCUGGGUUGUCUUUGCCCUCUUGUACCUCGUUUCCUUCACCGACGGCCUUUUACAAUCUGUCCAGAGCAACCUGACGCCUUACGUGACCUCCUCAUUCGGUCAGCAUGGAUUGCUUGCGACUACCAGCAUUGUCUCCACGAUUCUCGGCGGUGUCUCCAAGCUCACGAUCGCCAAGAUCAUCGAUAUUCGCGGCCGUGCGGAAGGCUUCGCCGGCAUGGUCUUCCUCGUCACCAUCGGCAUGGUCAUGAAGGCUACGUGCCAGAACGUUGAGACGUACGCUGCCGCGCAGACGAUUUUCUGGGUUGGCCAUCUUGGACUCAUCUACAUCAUAACUAUCGUUCUCUCCGAUAUGACUUCCCUGAGAAAUCGUAUGACUAUCAUCGCUUUGAACGGCACGCCGACGAUCGCCACGACUUUUGCCGGUCCCGAGAUUGCGCAGCUGUUUUAUGAUGAGGUCAACUUCCGCUGGGCAUUCGGCGCCUUUGCCAUCAUCUUGAUCGGUUUCAGUGUUCCUGUCGCUGUUAUCUUCUUCUUGAGCGAGAUCAAAGCCAAGAAGACUGGUUUGAUCCCCCUUAAGCAGAAGACCCGGUCUACCUGGGAAUCUACCAAGCAUUACUUCAUCGAAUUUGACGUUGUUGGCUUGAUCUUGGUGAUGGCCGGAUGGUCCAUGCUUCUGUUACCAUUUUCUCUUGUCUCCAAUGCCACCCAUCAGUGGAAGAGCCCUACGAUCAUCUGCUUGAUUGUAUUUGGUGUCAUUGGAUUGGCUCUUUUCGCUCUAUGGGAGAGAAACUUCGCCAAAGUCUCCCUGUUCCCGUACCACUUCUUGAAGGAUAGAACCAUUCUGGGCGCCUGCUUGGUAUACGGUAUCAUGUUCGCCUCCAUCUACUGCUGGGAUUCAUAUUACCAAUCUUAUUUGCAAGUCGCGCACAAUCAAGAUAUUACGAGCUCUGGCUACAUCCUCAAUGCCUUCAGCUUGACCUCUGCAAUCAUUUCUCCCUUCAUCGGAGUUGCGAUUCGAUACACCGGCCGCUUCAAGUACAUCGCCCUUUCCGGAGUACCUAUCUGCGUCCUCGGCACUGCGCUACUCAUUCACUUCCGUACCCCGUCAACCACCGUUGGUUACCUUGUCAUGUGCCAGAUCUUCAACGGCGUUGCCAGCGGCAUCUUCAGCAUCUGCUCCCAAAUCGCCAUUAUGUCGUCUGUCACUCACCAGCAGAUCGCCAUUGCUCUCGCGUUGCACGGGCUCUUCGGUUCCAUCGGUGCUGCCAUCGGCUUAGCUAUCGCUGGUGGUAUCUGGAACAAUGUUCUUAAGAAGAACAUCUAUGCCCAGCUCCCCGAAGGCAGCAAGGACCUUACUGCAAGCAUUUACGCCAGUAUCGAAACGCAGCUCUCGUACCCCAUGGGCAGCCCUAUUCGCACGGCGAUUAUUGCGGCAUAUGCAGACGUUCAGCGGAAGAUGGUCAUUGCUGGUUGCGCCUUCAUUCCCCUAGUGCUUUUGUCCUUGCUUAUCUGGCGUAACAUCAACGUUAAGACUGUGGAGGAGGAGAAGGGAAAACAGACGAAGGGAACUGUUUUCUAA